UUUGGAGUUUGAUAUGAUGUGAUGACAGAAUCACCCCAGUGACACGUUGCUAAAUUCCCCAGAAUGAAGGACUGAGUCUUCCGGGUGGUGAUCUCUGAAAUUGCUCAGUGAGCACCCCUAAUUUCGCUGAUUUACUGCUGACAAUCGCUCUCAAUGGAAUCUAAUCAAAAAUCUGGGGAUGGACUGACGGGCAUGCAGAAAGAGGUCUCGCUGCGUGCGCUCAUUCAGCGCACAGGAUACCAAUUACUGCAGGAGAAUGGUCAGAGGAGGUACGGCGGKCCCCCUCCAGGCUGGGAAGGCCCUCCUCCAGAGAGGGGCAGUGAGAUCUUUGUGGGGAAGCUGCCAAGAGACCUCUUUGAGGAUGAGCUGGUCCCCCACUGUGAGAAAUUCGGGAAAAUCUUUGAGGUUCGGAUGAUGAUGGACUUCAACGGCAAUAAUAGAGGAUAUGCCUUUGUUACCUUUUACAACAAAAAUGAAGCCAAGACCGCCAUGAAACAGCUCAAUAACUAUGAAAUCAGGAACGGAAGGCUCCUGGGAGUGUGUGCCAGUGUGGACAACUGUCGUCUGUUUGUGGGGGGCAUCCCCAAAUCCAAGAAGAGAGAGGAGAUCCUYAUGGAAAUGAAGAAAGUYACAGAUGGGGUGUUGGAGGUGAUUGUUUACCCCAGUGCUGCYGACAAGACCAAGAACAGGGGCUUUGCCUUUGUGGAGUACAACAGUCACCGCGCUGCAGCCAUGGCCAGGAGGAAACUACUGCCAGGGAGGAUCCUGCUGUGGGGGCACGCCAUCGCCGUGGACUGGGCGGAGCCUGAAGUGGAAGUGGACGAGGACACCAUGGCAACGGUGAAGAUUCUCUACGUGAGGAACUUAAUGCUGGCCACUACAGAAGAGACCAUCGAGAAGGAGUUCAACAGUAUCAAACCAGGCAGGUUCAAUUACAGCUCACUGGUGGAUGGCUCUCCCGUGGAGGUGACCCUGGCUAAGCCGGUGGAUAAGGACAACUACGUGCGCUACACCCGGGGUACAGGUGGCCGCGGUGGGGCCCUGCCCCAGGGGGAGUACGCCUACACACUGGGCCAGGUGUAUGACCCCUCAGCAGCAUACCUGGGUGCCCCCGUGUUCUACGCCCCCCAGAUAUAUGCUGCUAUUCCUAAUCAGUUCCGCUUCCCCAUUGCCAAGGGGCUUGUGGGGGGCCGUGGCCUGGUGCGCACGCCCUCGGUCAGAGAAAUUUACAUGAAUGUACCUGUAGGGGCAGCGGGGGUGCGCGGAAUGGGUGGUCGCGGAUACCUUGCCUACGCAGGUGUAGGCCGAGGCUGUGCCACCUACCAGCUAAAGACAGACAAGCACCCCGAGGACAAGCUCUUUGACAUGCUGCCAGGCAUGGAGCUCACGCCCAUGAACCCCGUGAAGCCUCCCGGUAUCAAACACACACCACAGAUCCUGGAGGAUGUGUGUCAGAAGAACAACUGGGGGCAGCCAGUUUAUCAGCUUCACUCUGCUAUCGGACCUGACCAAAGCCAACUGUUCCUCUACAAAGUCACCAUUCCGGCUCUGUCCACCCAAUAUCCUAAUGUGCAUCCGUUCACCCCAGCCAAGCUGUGUACAUCUGUGGAUGAAGCCAAGGUUCAUGCUGCGGAGCACGCCCUGCAUACCCUGGGUCUGCAGACAGAGGGCGCUGAGGCCUCCGCUGCAGCCGUUGCCGCAUUCCCAGGUUACACAAUAGCYAACACCUCAGCCUCAGUAGCUGCCUCCCAGCUCAAACAGGCCGUCUCCCUGCACCAGGARAUGGCAGCAUACACUACCUACGAAGGCUAUCCCGCCUUCACCGUGGCAACCCGUGGAGACGGUUAUGGAGUGUUCUAGGGCCAUCCUGGAACGUCAUCUCAUUCACCAGCAUUCAUUCGUAGUUCAGACUAUAUAAAACUACACUGAACAAAAAUAUUAACGCAACAUGCAAAAGAUCCCAGAAAUGUUUCAUACGCACAACAAGCAUAUAU